AUGGACCGUGCAUCGACUAAGGCAACACAUGUUUUAUCACAGCACCUUCCUCAAUGCAAAGUUGGACCCUUUGAAGUACAUUUUCAAGAAGCCAUCAUUGCCAAGAAGGGUUGCUUGUUGGCAGUGGUAUUGUUUGAGUAUGACAUUGUCUACGUAUCCCAAAAGGCUAUAAAAGGAAGCAUAGUCGUAGAACUUCUAGCAGAUCACAUGAAAAAGGAAUACGAGCCCAUGAGUUUUGAUUUUCUAGAUGAAGAGAUCAUGUCAAUUUUGAAGGUCAAAAAAGAAAUUUGGAGGGUGUAUUUCGAUGGAGCAUCUAACAUGAUUGGACAAGGGAUAGGGGCAGUAUUAAUCUCCCCAAGUGGCCAGUACUUUCCUGCUACAGCUAAACUGAUGUUCACCUGUACGAACAAUGUAGCUAAAUACGAAGCAUACAUUUUGGCACUUCAAAUCGCCAUUGAGAAAAAGAUCAGGUUUUAA